AUGGGUGGUAAGACUUGGUCCAAGGACGAGGAACGAUUGCUCUGGGAGGUCAUCAUUCCCCAAUCACCGGCGGCUGCAUACUCCGACGACAACGACAACGACUGUCUCUCAUGGGACCAGCUUGCUGAUGAAAUGAACAAGUUGUCUGGCGCUAAUGCCCGCCGGGAAUAUACUGGAACGUCGCUCUACGAGCAUUACUACCAAAACAUCAAGUCUGGUCAUAGAUCCUCCAAGGCUGCCGAGUUUGUCGAGAAGUAUUUGCUCGACGCAGCGUAUUUCAAAGAGCAUGGGUGCCGCCGCCCCCAUACUGCUUCUGUUCCAGCUUCGGAGCCCCUGGAUCCUCAAAUCGUCGAACUUUUGCAGGGCAAAGCGAAGCCGAAGCCGAAGGCCCGACAAUCACGCAAGACACGUCAGCCCCGGGAGCGACAAAGCGAAGACCAGCCUUCGUGGUCGUUUUUCAGCAUGCCCAAGACAUUGGAAGAGACAGGAGCCUAUUCUGUUACACCAGACAACGUAACUCAACAACAGCCUCCUGAAGGAUAUAUCGUGCCUGGCCAUGCUGAUGUUACUCGAUCUGAACCCUACCCGUUUUCCAAGUCUGCACUUGUUGCUGUUCCUGGUUCUGGUUCCGUUUGGAACCAACUAGUUGAUCGCUCGGGAAUUGAGAUGAGUCGAAUUCCUGGGCGUCCAACGAUGGCGUUUGAGCACACCUCAAAGCCCGAUCUUGGGGUUUUGAAACAGCCUACCACCGAGAAGAUGGAAGGAGGAUACAGGCAUUCGGUUCGCAGAGCCGAACAAGACGAGAGGUAUAGAAAGACACCAUCCAUGACUUCGGAAAGUACCAGCACCCAGUCAAUCCAGCCACAAGCGCCAGGGUAUGCAUCUUCGUGGGUGGAUCCGGGUCCAAGCCGCCAACGAACAUGCCAGGAGCAAUGGGACGGAAGACUUCCAUCUAUUCGCGAGAUGCUCCCUCACGAGUUCGAACAGCCAGCGUAUACACCCUACUCAUAUGAGGUAAACCGACGAGUUGACAAGCGCAGCUUCUCUAACGAACAAGGCUACAUGCAGACCCCUGAUUCGACCUCAAAGCGUCGAAGACUUCCUGACGAGCCUAUCCACCGUCAACAAGACUAA